AUGGUGUCUAUUCUCUCAUUUUCCUUUUCAUGUAUUUUCUUUCUUUUUUCUUUUGUUCUACCUUUAUUUUCAUCUUUUCAAUACUCUCAAUUGCAAGAAAAUAAGUUAUUGGAUAACACCACAAAUCCAUCACCUUUUGGGUUUCUUAAAAACUUGAAAGGGUGUCAAAAGGGUGACAAAGUAAAAGGCUUGAGUGGUCUUAAACUUUAUCUUAGUCAUUUUGGAUACCUAAACUACCAAACCAACUCUAAUGUCACAAAUCCGAAAGAAGAUUAUUUCGAUGAGGAGCUUGAGGCGGCUAUCAAAUCGUACCAAGCCUAUUACCGUCUCAAUGCCACUGGAGUGCUUGAUGAAGCCACGCUGUCCAUGAUGGUCUUGCCUCGUUGUGGAUUUCCCGAUAAGGAAACUCAUCGACAUAGUGAUCAAACUUUAUAUAACGUCCCUCACUAUCGGUUCUUUCCAAAUAGACCAAAAUGGCCCAACGGAAAAAGGCAUCUAACUUAUGGUUUUGGAUCACGCUUCCCCACCCGAUUCGUGCCUCCUAUCACAAGAGCUUUUAGUAGAUGGGCUACUACUUCUCAAUAUUUCACAUUUUCAAGAGCUACAACUCCUCAAAGCGCUGACCUAAAGAUUAGUUUUGCACGUUACGACCAUGGAGAUGGGGCCACAUUCGACGGGCCUGGUGGAGUGAUGGCCCAUGGUUUUGCCCCUAAUGAUGGAAGGCUCCACUUCGAUGCGGAUGACCAUUGGGCGGUGGGAGGGUCCUCAAAUGCUUUUGAUAUUGAGACUGUGGCGUUACACGAAAUAGGGCACCUACUUGGACUUGGUCAUAGCCAAUAUCCAAAUGCAGUAAUGUAUGGUACUAUUAGCCCAGGAGAAUCAAGAGUAAUAACUUUAGACGACAUCCGAGGGCUUCGGGCUCUAUAUGGUAGUUGA